AUUCAAUUCUCGUGUAUUUGGGGAGUAUCGAAAAUAUGGUGGAUGGUUUAAGUCAAGUGUUUGAAGGAAAGUUCGGAGUUGGUGAUGUUGAAACGAAAAUAGAUUGAGUCCAUCGUCAUCACAAAAAUAGAGAAGAAGAAGCUGGACGUGGAUUGUGAAUGCUGGAAUUGAAUGCGUUACAUUAAUUGUUUCAAACGAUAACAAAGAAUGAAAAUUUGGAUCGACCGUGAAAAACUAUUAGGGGAAGGUGGCUUUGGUACGGUAUACAAAGGGAAGUUAUGGGAUAAUGAUGGUGUGAUAUUUAAAGUGAUUUUCGGAGGCCGUGAAGUGGCAGUAAAACGAGUUGAAAAACGAUUUGCCAAAAAUAUAGAAGAAGAAGCAAUGCUGAAGUUAGAUCAUCCAAACAUCGUCAAACUUCUUUACUGUGAAAAGGACGAGAACUUUAUGUACUACGCAUUGGAAUUAUGUGACGCUUCUUUAGAUCAACUUUUCCUGGAAAAGGAUGAUCGCAAAAAAUACAACGGAACUUUGCCACCUACUAUCGAAAUAUUUCGUCAAUUAGCUACAGGCCUGGCAUACAUCCAUUCAGAGAAAUUAAUUCAUCGAGACAUUAAACCCCACAACAUCCUCAUUAUGCAAAAGCCUGGAAAAAUUGAAGAGAUAAUAAUGAAAUGGUCUGAUUUUGGACUGGCCAAAUCCGUAAACGAAAAGGGAAAACAUUCGUGGACUGGAGUGAGAGGAACCAGAACUUGGUACGCACCCGAAGUGCUGAAAAAACUCAUCGACGAUGAAAAGUCGGAAAACGAUGAAUUUUGGGGCACCGUUAAGAGCGAUGUGUUCGUCCUCGGCCUCGUCUACGGUUAUAUUUUUUUGGAGGGGGAACAUCUAUUCGGUUCAAGUGAACAUAAAAUUCACCAGAACAUUAUUGAAAAACAUCCGGUGAAUAUGAAGAAAAUUAAUGUCGAAGUCCGCAAAUUUUAUGCGGAUGACUUACUAACGAAAAUGUUGGAACACGAUCCGGGAAAAAGAAUUGAAUCGAAAGAAUUGAUCAACCAACUGGAAUCCAUCAAGGAAAACUUGACUGAAAAAGAAAAUGAAUUUCACCAACUUUGUGCUCGUGACUCUUCGCCUGAUCUAAUAGGAAGAAUUACCGACCUUAUUCGUCUUGGAAUCAAUGUAAAUUCAACGGACAGUCUUAAAAGGAAUGCGCUCCAUCAUUUGUGUGAAUUCAAUUCAAGCCCGAAAUUCAUUGACGCCAUUCAACUCUUAAUCCAACUGGGAAUUGAUGUGAAUGCAAAGGACAUUUGGGGAAUGAAUGCGCUCCAUUUUUUGUGUAUAUCAAAUUCAAGUCCAAAUUUAAUUGGCGCCAUUCAACUCUUAAUCCAACUGGGAAUUGAUGUGAAUGCAAAGGACAAUGAUGGAAGGAAUGCGCUCCAUAAUUUGUGUAUAUCAAAUUCAAGUCCAAAAUUAAUUGACGCCAUUCAACUCUUAAUCCAACAGGGAAUUGAUGUGAAUGCAAAGAACAAUUGGGGAGACAAUGCGCUCCAUUAUUUGUGUAGAUCAAAUUCAAGCCCAAAUUUAAUUGACGCCAUCCAUUUCUUAAUCCAACUGGGAAUUGAUGUGAAUGCAAAGGGCCAUUAUGGACGUAGUGCGCUCCAUUGUUUAUGUGAAUCAAAUUCAAGCCCAUAUUUAAUUGGCGCCAUUGAACUCUUAAUCCAACUGGGAAUUGAUGUGAAUGCCAAGGGCAAAAAUGGAAAGAAUGCGCUCCAUUAUUUGUGUAAAUCCAAUUCAAGCCCAAAUUUAAUUGACGCCAUUCAACUCUUAAUCCAAUUGGGAAUUGAUGUGAAUGCAAAGGACAAUGAUGGAAGGAAUGCGCUCCAUAAUUUGUGUAUAUCAAAUUCAAGCCCAAAUUUAAUUAACGCCAUUCAACUCUUAAUCCAAUUGGGGAUUGAUGUGAAUGCAAAGGACAAUAAUGAAAAGACUGCGCUCCAUUAUUUGUGUGAAUUCAAUUCAAGCCCAAAUUUAACUGACGCCAUUCAACUAUUAAUCCCACUGGGAAUUGAUGUGAAUGCAAAGGACAAAUGGGGAAAGAAUGUGCUCCAUUAUGUGUGUCAUUCAAAUUCAAGCUCAAAUUUAAUUAACGCCAUUCAACUCUUAAUCCAACUGGGAAUUGAUGUGAAUGCAAAGGACGAUGAUGGAAAGACUGCGCUCCAUUAUUUGUGCGGAUGGAAUUCAAGCCCAAAUUUAAUUGACGCCAUUCAACUGUUAAUCCAACUAGGAAAUCGUGUCAUAUCCAACGGCCACGAUGCUCGAGCUUAUUUACGCUAUAAUGACAAGAUUAGCAACAAGGACGAAAUCAUAGAACUACUCGACGAAGCAGUUUUUUAGUUGAAUUAUAACUGGUUUCAGCACCUCAAAA